AUGAAUUCAACAGGUGCCCAACAAAUUCUCAUACGAGACACGUUCGCUAUGGCCUUCACCAAGAACUUCAUCGUGAUCCUGGUGUGGCUUCUUCUCAGCUACAUCAACGGCACUGUAGUGGCCACCUUCUUCAAGCACCAAAUGUUUUACGAAGACCCUCGCUACAUUCUUUUUAUCCAUAUGGUCAUUAAUGACGCCAUGCAACUUACUGUAACCAUUGCACUGUUUGUGGUUAGUUACACCUUGUAUACCAUUAGCGUAAGUGUGUGUUGUUUUUUCAUCCUGGUGGCCGUGUUUACCACCCGCAGCACACCUGUUAAUCUCGCAGGCAUGGCCGUCGAACGUUACAUCGCCAUCUGUUAUCCCCUCCGUCAUGCCCAGAUUUGCACAGUUCGCCGCUCUUACAUGCUCAUAGGGGCUAUUUGGUUUGUAUCUGUGGUUCCUGACAUCACAGACCUUUUUGUGACUUUAGCCACAGAACCGCUCAGUUUCUUCCAAACUGCUGUUUUCUGUCUCAGGCCCAAUGUGUUCAAAGACCCGGUGUUGCUGUAUAAACGCCAGGCCUUUGACGGGAUCUACUUCUCAAUGGUCUUCCUAACACUGCUGUGCACGUAUCUGAGGAUCGUGUUCGCGGCCCGUGCGCUCUCCACCGAGAAGACCUCCGCCAAACGGGCCACAAACACCAUCCUGCUCCACGGGCUGCAGUUAUUGAUGUGCAUGCUCUCGUACAUCUCUCCAAAUGUGGAGGGCUUGUUGCACAUCAUCUUCCCGGGACGCAUCCUUGAAAUCCGUUUUGCGAACUAUCUUAUUGUGUAUAUCCUUCCUCGCUUUCUGAGUCCGAUCAUAUAUGGAGUCCGAGAUAAAAAGUUUCGUAAAUAUCUGAAGAGGUAUUUUGUGUGUAAGUGGCAUCGGGAUACAAAAGUAGAAUGUAAAGAUGAAGACAAACAAAUUGCUCUUAGUUAA